CUUGGCUAACUUUCUUAUGUCAGCAGAAGAGUUUAUGUUGUACCCUGUUUUCGGUAGUAAAAUCUAUGCUAUAUUUUAUUGUAGUGACAGGAAACUAGUACUUCUGGUGAUAUAUCUUGAGCUACCCUGUUUUUGGUUUGUUUUUGUGGUUAUAAUUUUUUUGUUGUAGUGACAGGGGCGUUACUUCUGCUGGUAAAUUUAAUAAACUAGAUGAUACCCCGCGCGUUGCUGCGGGAGUCGGUUGCAAUAUAUUUCAAUGAGAUUUAACUGUGUGGAAUAUAAAUGUUUAUAGAUUGAUAACAUGUGAACCAAAAUUAAAAAUACAUACGACUUGCUAUAUUUGAUUAUGUAUAGUUGUAAAAUAUUUAUUGAAUAUAAAUAGAAUAAUAGAAUGGAAAAAAAUUCCCCAUGCAUUGUAGAAUGUGGUGGUUUUUUUUUUUCUCAUGCAUGGUGGCAUGUUGAGCUGGGCAUUAUCCCAUUCAUAAUUGUAUGGUGAUGUGGCAUGCUUGCAUGUUGAGAUAAUAAGUUAGUGGGGAUAACUCUCUUAGGUAUAUAAGAUAAAAUGAGGAGAGUUUGAUUGAUAAGAGAACUGGAGAAAGCACAGCGAGUACAAGGGAACUUCCGAGUACAAGUAGCACUUCCACAACCUAGUAGGGUUAAUCUUAUCAAUGCUGAGCUUAAUCCAGAUGAAGUCACUUACAUUUUAAGACUAAGCUAGGUCAAACUAGCCCUUAGGAGUGCUCACGGAUGCCCUUUAUUUAUUUAUUUGUGGGCAAUUAUUUUUGUUUCUGAACUUUGCUUGCUAACUCAUAUUCUGCUCAGUUAAUGGAUGCCCUUAGGAAUGUUGCUUGAUGUUUGAUUGCACAGUUACUACAACUACUGAUAGAGCUCAGAUUCUGCUAGCUGCCCAAUCUAUGGACGGCAAUCUUAGGUCGGUAGCGGAAGGCGAUCUGAAGCUGUUCCAGGAGCAGAAUCUUCCCAACUUUCCCUCUCCCUAUCAGUAGAGAUGUCAAGUGAUGAAAGGCCACAAGAGUCUAGAACGGUUGCUGGUAUUAUCCUUAAGAAUUCGUUGGACACAACGGAUUCUGCAAAGAAAGAGCUGCUGAUUCAACAGAGGGUCACCCUGGAUCCAUCUGUCAAAGUCAAAGAUUAAGGAGUCAUUGUUCAGAACACUAGAAUUUUUAAUGCCUUAUGCGAGGCAGGCCUCAUCACAAGUCAUUUCAAAGGUUGCAUCCAUUGAGACCUCAUUGCCAAAUUACUGGGCAACAUGGCACAGCACGGCGCAUCUGCUGCAGUGCAGCAAGGAACACUAGAGGUGCUGGGGUAUGUCUGCGAGGAGUUUCCUCCUGAGCACUUGGAGCAGGAUCAGGUGCCUGCUGUUGUUCAGUGAAGUGAAUCAGGCAGAGCUAAGUGUUGAAGUCUGUCUUUGCAGCAGUUAAAGUUCUAUAUAACACUCUUGAUUUUGCUGAAAGCAACUUUGCAAAAGUUAUGGAGAGGCUAUAUAGUGAAAGUAAUUUGUGAUACUGUUGUAUCUUAAGAUGUGGAGAUCAGGCAUACAGCUUUUGAACUGCGAGCGCUGUCAAAGGAGAUGAGGAAUCAGUUGCAGUUCAAGCUAUUGAGUUCUGGAAAACUGUUUGUGAUUAAGAGUUUAAACUCCAAGAAGAGUACGAGGUAUCUGAUGAUGCGUACUCUAGUGUAAUUUAAUGCUUUAUUGAAAAGGCCAUCCCUUUACUUGUUCCAAUGCUGCUCGAAACUCUGUUGAAUCAAGAGGGUUAUCAUGAGCACGCUGACAAUGUGCGGAACAUUUCCAUGAGUGGUGCAAAGUGCCUUGGCCUCAUCGCUAGAACUGUUGGUGAUGCAAUUGUCCCUCUUGUGAUGCCAUUUGUUAAGGUUAACAUCACAAUCCUGGUUUGGCAUUAUCGCGAGGCAGCUACUUUUGCAUUUAGCUCUAUCCUUGAAGGUCCCUCUGUUGAGAAGCCUACCCCCCUGGUGCAGGCUAGACUUGAUUUCUUGGUCAACUCAAUGAAAGAUCCAAACAACCAGGUAAAAGUCUCCACCACGUGGACCCUUCGGUGGAUGUUUGAGCUUUUGCAUUCUCCAGCCAGUGGAACUCCAGUUAUAACAAAUGCAAACCUCCCUCCUAUCAUGACUGUUGCUGGAGAGUAGUAAGAUGUUUCAAAUGUGGCCAAGAAUGUCUGUGGAGCCAUAUGUUGUUUUGUCCAAGGUUAUGAAGAUGCUGGGUCAAGCUCAUCUGUGCUUACACCCUAUCUUCCUAGUGUCAUCGCUGUGCUCCUUUGUGCUUCAGAUCGUGCUGGUGCUACCCAUUUGAGGCUUCACACGUCUGCUUUUGAAGUGUCGAAUGAGGUUAUGAGAGAACAUAGCUGAAACUUCGAGCAUUAUAGGCCAGCUAUGUCAGGGGAUCAUGAAAAGACUGAACCUGACAUUUUUAACUCCAAAUACUCUCGCCUGGUGACAGGGAGAAGCAGAGUGAUCUACAGGCUUUGUUGUGUGGUGUACUGCAGGUCAUCAUCCAGAAAUUGAGCAACUCUGAUGUGAUGUCCGUAAUUUCCCAGACUGCUGAUCAAUUGAUGUUUCUAUUUCCCUGUGUCUUUGCUUGCCCCAGUUCUACUGUACAUGAAAAAGCAACGCUUGCCAUCUGUGAAGUUGCUUAUGGCAUUCGUGAAGCAGGCUUGCAGAAUUAGGAAGAAUACCAAAUAUGCUCCAUUUCUGUAUGGGUGAUGGGUGAUAUUUGCCGUGCCAUUGAAGAUAAAAUUCAGCCUUUCUGUGAUUGCAGUAUGACUGUUCUUUUCAAGGAUCUUGCAAGUUCAAUGCUUCACCGGUCUGUCAGACCUCCAAUUUUCUCAUGCUUUGGAGACAUUGCUCUUGCUAUUGGCGAGAAUGUCGAGAAAUACCUGCAAUAUGCCAUGCCAGUGCUUCAAGGAGCUGCUGAGCUUGUUGUUUUGGAUCAAAGCAACGAAGAUACGAUUGUUCACCAUAACCAGCUGAGACAUGGAAUAUUUGAGGCUUACUCCGGCAUACUGCAUGGUAUGAAGGAAAAGCUCAGCUGAUGCUACCUUAUGCAAGCCAUCUAUUUCAGUUCACGGAAGCUGUCUACAAAGACCCAAGCAGGGAUGAGAGUGUGACAAAGGCUGCGGUUGCGGCCCUGGGUGAUCUCGCAGACAUGCUUGGUCUGAUACUCUGAUCUCGAAAGAUUUGUUCAAGAUCCACCCCUUCCAUAUUGAGCUCUUGAGCGAGUGCCUUAAUUCCGACAACGAAGUCAGGGAAAUCGCAUUGUCCCAGGGGUUGAUAACUGCUAACCGGAGCAGAGCUUUCUUAACACGAGAGAUAUUUUCCUUUCUCUGCUGUAACGAAGGUUUCUUUUGUGGAUAUAUAUGCCAAGUCCGUUUGCCACGGAUGUAUGAAAAGCUAACAUAUAUGUACCAGUGUCAGUGGUAGGAUCCUUGUCGUAGGCUUCUUUUUGCGUUUUGUGUCAGACUGUCGAGUCGUUAUGCAUCAUACUUGACAGGGGUGGAUGGUGGCAUGUAGGUCAUGAACAACUAACCUGAUUAACGUUGUCCUCGACUCGUUGAAUCAUCUGUGCUGCUGAGGUUACUGCUCGUCUUGUUGCUUUGCAUAUGUCAGGUGCUCAUCCAGUGCAACACUGUCAAGAUGUGUUUUCUUUGUGAGAAAUUUAAAGUGCGAUGCUCUAACUGAAUCCUUGGCGGUGUUAUGAUUUCAACAUCGUUCAAAAUUACGCUGCGCCAUCAGUAUUAAGUAAAGAUGGGGCAUAACUAGUGUGAGAUCUGGGCCCAUUGGAUGUACUUCAUGUGGUGCAGAUUGGUUGAGGCGUGGUUCCAGCCACUUUGUAGGUGAUAUUAGAACAUUCUGUUCAAUAUGUCAAGGGAGACACGGUUAGUAGCAAGUAUAAUCUGUUUCCAACAGACAACUUGUGUAUUCCACCUUGUACUGCUAGAGUUUUUGUUUGAGUUGAUUCUCUAAUUUUGGAGCUUGCCAUCAGGUACUGUAUCAAGAUAUUUCCAUCUCAUUGUGGUGCUUACAAUUCUUGAUGCAAUCAAUUCAUGCAUGUUAACAUUCAGUCAUGCUUCAGUCUCAUAAGCACUCAUGUUAGUCCAGUAAUUUGCACUGCCUUGACACCGGAUCCAGUUCGUGAUAUGUGACACAAUCUGAUUUUUUUCAUAGGAAAGCAGAGAAAGAAGGCAAGUGGAUUUUAAUCUUUUGUUGAUAUGGCAGUGAAACUGACGACAAUAUUGUUCUUCUUAAUGGAGGAAACUAGCGCCACCUCAUCCUCGACACACUUGACAUGCCCAACCAAUGUCAUAGUGUACCAACCAUCUCAGGUGAAUUGUUGGCAUCGAGAGUGCUAAUCUCUCUGGUUCUUCAUGACAAUAUGUUAUCUUCACAUCUGUCAGAAUAAAAUAAAAUGGAAGGGUGAUAGUAACUGUUAUGAAGUGAAGCCUGGAUUUAUCUCCAUUUUGCACGUUGACCUGUCGAAGCACACGAAUAAUUGUGCUGGAUGGAGGAUUAUCUGGAAUUUCUCCAUGAUGCAUUUCAAAGGGAUUUGCUACUAAAACUUAUAAAUGAGUAAGUGUUUACUAUGAAUUUCUCCAUCUUUUCUUCCAGUUUCUAUCUCUAGCAGCAAUAAUCUUUUCUUUUCCUUAGCUCGUAUCUAUUCUCUUGUUCAGAAAGAAGUCUAUUCUCAAAACUGUUCCUCUCUUUACUGGAACGGCUGCCAAAAUAAAUGAAUGGUAGCAGCUCAGAUAGUCGUAAUUUUGCAAGCGAAGCAAGCUUAACUUUAAUAGAUCACCGUAGCAGCCCAACAGCGCAACAAAGCGCAUCAAUGCUUCUAUUAUUAUAGUAUAUCCAAACACAUACGGAGUAAUCACUUACAAGACAUUGCGAUAAUCCGAAGUUCAAACUAUCCAGAAAUGUGGCAAAAUUCUAUGCGCUCGUCAACUGAAGAUCGAGAUAGCUGCUUUGUUGAUGUCGAUGGUUCCUGUUCGAGAUUAUCCCAAGUUCAACUCUCUAAGUUGACUAUCCUUGUAAUAUACUAUAUAAUAUAUAUCCAAACACAUAAUACAAGAGUAGUCACCCACAAAACACUGCGAUAGUCAGAAGUUUAAACUGUGCAGUAAUGUGGAAUCUCCAACUUCUAUGUGCUCUGCAAUCAAAGAUCGCUUGUCUUUCAUUCUCUAGACCAAGUCAGUAGCUAGUCAUGUGCUGGUGUACCAAGUCCCCCUUUUCAAAGAGAAGAUGCAUGUGGUGUACCAGAAAUAUGGUAGAGCUUACAAGUAGAUGAAAUAAUGUACUCCACAUGUGGGAUGUGUCUACAUCAACCUGUCUAUCAAAUAUUGUAUUCCACGUCAUAAUCUUUGUGACAAUGUCAACGUAACUGACAUCAGUACAGCUCAUCUAUGAUUAUUUAGUGUGCAAAUUGUGUUGAAUUGUGAAGAUAGCGGAGGAUGCAAUUUUUUUCCCAAAACGGAGGCAAAAGAUUUCCCUUGCCUAUUAGUUUAGCAAAAGAGAGUUGCUUAGUUAAUUAGCGGAAAACCGGACUAAAACUGUCAUAAACCGCCAAGCGGCACAUACAUGAGACGCCACUCACACUAAAAAAAUGAGGGCCUCGUCAAGAUACCACUUCGACAUCAUCCGCAACAAGUCAUUGCUCUCCCUAAUCACCGAGCAAGCGACUCCGACUUUGUCGAAGAUGAACUUCGACCCAACCCUCACUAUGGAGGCCGUGUGAAAGCACAAGAAGACCCGUGCCAGACCUAGCCACCCGCACCGAGGGUAGUGCAGCUCCGCUCUGAUGGAGAGCUCUAAAAGGAGAACUAUGCAUGGUUGGGGCCGCAGAAGAUUACUGAGCAGACGGCCUAUUGCCUGUCCAGUCACUACAAGGCCCCGCCGCCACAACUUCGACUUUACCGUAACAAAACAACUCGAGGGUUUCCCCUGGAGCCGGAUCCAUGUGGGAGGUAUGCAGCAACAACGCAACAAUGCCUCCAAGAAGGUCUACGAUGCCUGUAGCCGCCGCCAUCAUGGGUCACAGACCCAAUGCCAUGACAAGUCGAAGCACGGAUGGUUGACUCCGUGGCCAGUGGCUACUACAUCUACAAGUACUCGUCCAACUGACACUAGCGUUGAGCUGUCUCCAGCCCCGGCCUUGCAGAAUCGCCUCUUAGUCAAACCAGAGCUCUGCACGCAGUUGAAUAUGCCAGGAGGGGGAGGAGCUCUGGCGGUGGACGGCGCCGUCGCCGGCGCGGCCUCCGGCUACAGCAGCGAGAUCACGUUCACAGUGGUGAUGAGCUGCCUCAUGGCGGCCUCCGGCGGGCUCAUUUUCGGCUACGACAUCAGUAUUACAGGUGGGUUGACGCAGAUGCGGUCGUUCUUGGAGGCCUUCUUCCCGGAGAUCAUCGAGAAGAUGGACAACGCGCAGCAGGACGCCUACUGCAUCUUCGACAGCCAGGUGCUCACCACCUUCGUCUCCUCGCUCUACCUCGCUGGCGUCUUCGCCUGCCUGGUCGCCGGUCACGUCACGAGGAAGGUGGGGAGGAGGAACUCCAUGCUCAUCGGCGCCUCGUUCUUCCUAGUCGGCGCCAUCCUCAACUGCGCCGCCGUCAACAUCUACAUGCUCGUCAUUGGCCGCAUCUUCCUCGGCUUCGCCGUUGGCUUCACCAACCAGUCCGCACCUGUGUACUUGGCGGAGAUCGCGCCGGCGCGGUGGCGCGGGGCGUUCACGAGCAUCUUCCACUUCUUCCUCAAUGUGGGGAUGUUCGUGGCCGACCUGGUCAACUACCGUGCCAACACAAUCCCAGGGUGGGGCUGGCGCCUCUCCCUCGGCGUUGGCAUCAUCCCGGCCGUCGUCAUCCUCGUAGGAGCCGUCUUCAUCCCGGACUCACCCAACAGCCUCGUGUUGCGCGGGAAAGUCGACGAGGCCCGCCACUCACUGCGUCGGAUCCGCGGGCCGGCCGCUGACGUUGACGUCGAGCUCAAGGACAUCAUGCGCGCCGCGGAGGAGGGCGGCCGACACAAAUCCGGUGCGUUUCGACGCAUCCUGCUGCGCGAGUACCGGCCCCACCUGGUCAUGGCGAUCUUCAUCCCGCUCUUCUUCGAGCUGACGGGUAUGAUCGUGGUCACGCUCUUCGCGCCGCUCCUCUUCUUCACCAUCGGGUUCACGAGCCAGAAGGCCAUUCUCGGCUCCAUCAUCACCGACGUCGUCAGCCUGGCGUCCAUCUCCGUGGCCGCGCUCUCUGUCGACCGCUUCGGCCGCCGCUUCCUCUUCAAGCUGGGCGGCGGCGUCCUGCUCGUGUGCCUGGUAGGGAUGACGUGGAUCUUCGGCGCGGAGCUGGGCACCAACGGCGGGAAGGCGAUGCCGAGGCCCUACGCGGUGGCCGUGGUGGCGUUGGUGUGCCUCUUCGUGGCUGGGUUCGGCAUCUCCUGGGGGCCGCUCAAGUGGAUCAUCCCCAGCGAGAUCUUCCCGCUCGAGGUGAGGUCCGCGGGGCAGAGCAUGAGCGAGUCCAUCUCGCUCACGCUCACCUUCGUGCAGACGCAGUCCUUCCUCGCCAUGCUUUGCAGCUUCAAGUAUGGCUCCUUCGCCUACAACGCCGCUUGGGUCGUCGUCAUGACGGCAUUCAUCAUCGCCUUCCUUCCAGAGACCAAGGGCGUGCCCAUAGAGGCCAUGGGCGCGGUCUGGGCACGCCAUUGGUACUGGAAGCGCUUCGUCAAACCGGCACCGGAGCCAACGCCCACACCCGACAAACAUGCCGACGGGUCGCUUGAAAUGAAAGCUAGCGGUCCAGGCACUUCGCCCGCCACCGCUCUCAACCAGCCCCUCGAAUCAACGGAGCAAGUCCCUGCCAGCCGCCUGUCUGCUCUUCUCGGGCCGAAUGGUCGCGUCCUGAUCGUGGCCAAUCGUCUCCCCGUCACGGCCAAGCGCCAUCCGGUUAAGAAGUGGGAAUAUCCAAGCAGCUCUGGCGGUCUCGUCAGCGCCCUGCAAGGUCUUAAAGAUGUGCAGAUGAUGUGGGUCGGCUGGCCUGGCGUCAGCGUCCCCAAUGAGACCGGUCAAACAGUAAUCACCGAGGAACUAUUCAAGCGGAGGUGUGUACCUGUGUUCCUGGAUGAGGAGUUGAUGGACCAGUACUACAGCGGGUAUUGCAACAAAAUUCUCUGGCCACUCUUCCAUUACUUGGGGCUCCCGCAAGAGUACAAGAUCAAUAAGGCAAAAGACAUCAAGUCGCAGUUCGAAGCGUAUACUCAAGCAAAUCAGAUGUUCGCAGAGACAGUGUGCAAAAUUUAUAAGGAAGGAGAUAUCAUAUGGUGCCAUGACUACCAUCUGAUGUGCCUUCCCAAGUUGCUGAAGCAGUAUAAUAUCAACAUGAAGGUAGGCUGGUUCCUGCACACGCCAUUUCCCUCAUCCGAGAUGUACCGGGCACUGCCAAACCGUGCGGAGUUGUUGGAGGCGGUGCUUAAAGCUGACUUAGUGGGGUUUCAUGCGUAUGAUUAUGCAAGGCAUUUUGUGAGUGCUUGCAUUAGCCUGCUUGGGCUUGAGGGUUGCCUUGAUGGCAUUCAGUUUGACGGAAGGAUUGUCAAGGUGGAUGCUUUUCCAAUUGGGAUAGACGCUCAGCGUUUUACAAAAGCAUUGGAGGGUCCCAAAGUGAAAGAGAAAAUUACCGAAUUCAAGAAACUUUUUGCUGGCCGAAAGGUAAUACUUGGUGUGGACCGGCUAGACAUGAUUAAAGGAUUCCUGCAAAAGUUGUUGGCCUUUGAGAAAUUUCUUGAGAAAAAUGAGGAACUGGAUUCUGAAUACAAAGUGGUUCUACUGCAGAUUGCAGUGCCAACCAGAAGUGACGUACCCGAAUAUCGGAAGCUAGCAAGUCAAGUGCAUGAACUGGUUGCACGUGUAAAUGGUCGAUUCGGAACACUGAAAGCAACUCCUAUUCUACACCUGGAUCAAACCGUCGAUUUUGAUUCAUUGUGUGCUCUUUAUGCAAUCACUGAUGUAGCUCUGAUAACAUCACUGAGAGAUGGAAUGAAUCUUGUAAGCUAUGCAUACGUUGCCUGUCAAGAAUCAAAUAAAGGUGUUCUGAUACUGAGUGAGUUUGCAGGGGCAGCGCAAUCUCUUGGGGCUGGUGCUAUUAUUGUAAACCCAUGGGAUAUCGUGGAAGUAGCAGACGCAAUAAAACGUGCUUUGGAUAUGCCAACUGAAGAAAGGGAGAAGAACCACAGGCAUAAUUAUGAACUUGUGUCAAGACACACCGCACAAGACUGGGCCGAAAACUAUGUCUGCGACCUACAUAAUGCAACUAGUAAAGCUCCGCUACCAGCAAUACACACUGCCGUGCUCCCUAUUGGAGAAGCAGCUGCACAAUAUGGACAAUCCAACAAUCGUUUGCUCAUAUUGGGUUUCAAUGCAACAUUGACUGGUCAGAUCCAAUUUGUAGAGGGAAGGACUGACAUUGAACUCAAGUUGAACCCUGAGUUAAAGCAACCACUGAAAACACUUUGCGAUAAUGAGAAUACAACUGUCGUUGUUGUCAGUGGAUAUGGCAGAAGUAUUCUUGAUGAAAAUUUUGCAGACUAUAAAUUGUGGUUAGCGGCAGAGAAUGGGAUGUUCUUAAGGCAACCUGGUGAAGAAUGGAUAACCAUGAGAUAUGAACAGGAGGAAAUCAGCUGGGCUGGCAGUGUAAAGAAAGUGUUUGAGUACUUCACCCAAAGAACCCCGAGGUCUAAUUUUGAACAGCGUGAAACAUCACUUGUUUGGAACUAUAAGUAUGCAGAUGUUCAGUUUGGGAGAAAUCAAGCGACAGAUCUGCUGCAGCAUUUGGGGGCAUAUUCAUUAUCAAAUCAAAGCUCUGUUAUCGUUCAAGGCAGUCGGUCAAUUGAAGUUCGUCCUACGGGAGUCACCAAGGGUAAAGCCGUUGAUGAAAUUAUUCACGAGUUAGAUCUCAGAAAUACCAUGGCUACUCCAAUCGACUAUGUCUUGUGCAUUGGUCAUUUCCUUGCAAAGGAUGAGGAUAUCUAUACCUUACCCAGCUUUGAUGUUCAACCUGGAGCGAAAAGAAAGGGGAAGGGGUGUCAAGCAGAGGAUUGCUCAAGCGUCAAGUUUGACCUCAACCCUAAGAACUAUUUCUCAUGCACUGUUGGUAGGGAACACUCUGUAGCACAAUACAAUCUUGAGGGAACAAAUGAAGUUGUGUCCCUACUCCAAGAUCUUGCAGCAGCAGCUGCUCCAGGUAGCAUGAGUGACCAACCAUAGCUUGUCCAUUGUUCAUCUGUUUCAGAAGAAAAGGAAAGAAGAUGGCGAUCAGCAGAUCUGAGCGACCAGUCAGUUUGCCUUUUCUCAUACACAUGUGUACAAAAUUCUAGAUUAGACAAAAAAGGGUAAUAUACUAGGAAAAAAAAUGAUUUUUUUCGAUCUAAGAAUUGAAGAAGACAAUGUUGGCAAGAGUUCUUCACUUUGUCAGCUUUUGUUAACCACACAAGCUCUGGUCGGUGUAUGUACAGAACGUGAUGCUGUAAAACGGGUAAAUGAUGUUACCGAUGGAUGGUUCUUAUGCAGAUUUUAUUCAAUUCAAAGUAUUAUUUCUUUAUUUGUA